AUGGAAGACAUAACAGAUGAUCUUCCACUCACUGCUAAUGAUGUUACACUAAGAGAUGAUGUUACCCCAAGAACCAUGCUUAGUCCGAAGAAUAUCACUGCGCAAAGAGCCCUAAACUUUGACCCAAUGACUCAAACUUCAUCUUCAACCUUGAUGCAGGAAACCAUGCAGACGAUCAUGAAUCAAGCAAAACGAAACGAACAACAUCUGGAAGACAUGGCGGCUGAGAAAGAACGUUUGCGUAAGGAGUUGGCCCUUAAGUUAGCCAAAUCUCAACCAACCGCACCACGCCAUGACCGGGGUCGUUCGCCAAAGAAGAACUAUGAUCGACAGCGUCGACAUCAAAAAUCUGGUAGUAGUAGCACUUUCGACUCGUCAUCCAAGAACCCAGGAAGAAGGGACGAGCUGACAUGUCCAGCUCAUCCGAAGGAAGCUGUAUUGCCUAAAAAUUUCAAAGCACCAGCGUUCACCUUGUAUGACGGUAAGUCAGACCCUACGGAUCACAUUCGUUAUUACAAGCAAGCGAUGAUGUUGCACGCUAAUGAUGAAGCCCUCAUGUGUCGAAUAUUUCCAAGCAGCUUGGGACCAUUAGCUGUCAGAUGGGCAAGAUUCAUCACCAACGAGGUUCAGCCAAAGCAAGCUAACUCUCUCUGGGUGAUGCAAAUUAAACCAGAAGAUACCCUCCAUGAGUAUUCAGCGCGCUACUGGGAGUGUUUCAACUUGGUGGAUGAUGCUUGCAAUGAUUCCAUGGCCAUUUCUGCCUUCAAAAUGAGAUUACAUCCUGAUAGUCCUCUUCGAAGCUUGUUGACCAGACGGCCUCCCAAAACAGUCUGGGCGCUGAUGAAAAAAGUUGAGGAAUAUUACAAGGUGAAAGAUGAUGCCCUUCACGUCAAGGCCGGACAAAAAGCCUUGAAGUCAGCCCUAUCUAGUCUGGUUCAGUCGAUAAACGCCGUACCACCAAGUAGCCCUGAACUGCAGCGCCGAUCAAAGCGUGAAAAUCGACGGGGUUCGCGUCAGUCAAACAAACAGUGUUCACGCCAUUUGAACGAACAAUAUCAAGUGGAUAGCAGGCACCCAAGGCAUUCGAACAAGAAGUACAUGGAAUUGGCAGAACCAAUCAGCAAGAUCCUAUCUAAAGUCCAGCAUCUACCGUUCUUUAAAUGGCCAUCCAAGAUGAUUAGACCCCCUAAUACUAGACGAAGGGAUAGGCGGUGUGAAUAUCACAAGGAUCAUGGCCAUGAGACAUACAGUUGUUAUGCACUAAAGGACCAUCUGGAGGAGUUGGUGCAAGAUGGCCGACCGGCACAACACGUCCAAAAGGGCAAUCCCCCAACCACAGUGGCUCUAUACCCGAAUUCCCCUCCACUUGGUAUAAUUCACAUGAUAUACAGUCUACUGCCGCUAACUCAAGUACAUACGAUCCAAUUACAACCCAGUUUUCCCAAGCCGUACACACCAUCCAAACGGCCUCAUGAGCCUGGCAAAAUUAGCUUCGACGACAUCGAUCUUGAAGGGGUAACGCUCCCCCACGAUGAUGCCCUCGUUAUCGAGUUGCACAUAAACAUAUUUGCUGUGGAACACGUUCUAAUCGAUCAAGGGAGCACUUCGGAGAUAAUGUAUCACAAGACAUUCAUUAAACUCGGCUUUAAUAACUCGUACUUGCUGCUGGCUGAGUAUCCUAUGUUCAGUUUCAACGCUAAUCCCGAGUACCCUCUAGGCAAGAUCAUGCUGCCAGUGCAUGCAGGUACCAAAUCAGUGGAUGUAGAAUUUCUGGUCAUCAAACUUCCAUCACCAUACAAUCUCAUCAUGGGAAAGACCUAG